AUGUAUUCCUGGAAAAAGCUUUUUCACUACAGUUCCGACGAGGGUAUUGAAGGACGCGAGACAAGCGAUCAUGCUGCUUUUUCUGACAUCUCCCCGACAUCUGUGUCUGCCACCAAGCGAAAACGUGCUCGUGUCUUCAGCAGACUGCGUCGAGUGAAAGCCUUGAAUUCUACUCCUGUGCCUGCGCAGACAACUAUUCGCGACCUUUCAUCAGACCCAAGACGUACUCAAGGCCUUCGAGGCUAUGUGAAUCGAGUUCUGCGACGUUACAAGUCGUCGGAUCUAGAACCUUCCUCCGAAACAACUUCCAAUCUGACAUCAACUGAUAUUCCUUCAAGUCCCCCGAUCACCUUCGAGGAAUUACAACGUGAACAGAAAGCUAUCGAGGAACAGGCGGCUCAUCAGUGGGAUUUAUUUACAGAAUCUCCGCUACUCAUCCCCGGUACUUCUUCGCCAGCUGUGUCGCAAUCUCCAACUGUAACUCCCUGCCCACUACGCCUUUUUGCGCAUCCCAAGGAUGAGAACUUAGCCAUUUGCAUCGAUUCGCUGGAAGCCACCCUCAAUCACCGCUAUCCUACCAUUAGGACUUCAUCUACAGAGUCUUCUCUCGUUAUCCCAGCUGCGUCUUCAUCGACUGCGCCGCAAUCUCCAACUCUACCUCCCUGUCCACUAUUUCGGAACUCUCUUGGCACCCUGUCGAGUUUUGUUGCGCAACUCAAGUUCGAGAGCUCGAAAUACACACCUUUUGGGCAAGAAGACUCGUCUUUCCUUUGCAGCCCAUCCAGCAUUGUUGUGAAGUUCAAGGACGGGAAUAAGAUUGCUUCCAAUAACCCAUUGCACUCCACGCAAACCAAAUCAGACAGUUCGUCCUUUCUUCGAAGUCCACCAAGCGCAGUUGCGCAGUUCAAGGACGGGAAUACGAUUGCUUCCAAUAACUCAUUGCACUCCACGAAAAACAAGUCAGACAGUUCGUCCUUUCUUCGAAGUCCACCCAGCGCAGUUGCGCAGCUCAGAGAUUUCCGAGACGAGAACAUACUUGUUUCCCCAUACUCAUUGCCAUCUACCCCACAGCAUCGCCCAUCCCCAAUUGGAAAUACCACACCACCCGCGCCAGAUUCAUCUUCUUCUUUUUCGAAACCGCUUUAUAUCACUACGCAACUUCAAGGCGAGACGACGCCUGUUGUGUCCACCCAUAUACCAGACUCCAUCUCAAAAUACCACUUGUCUCCGGUUGGGACCUUCACAGCUGCUGAUAUGUCCAGGCCACGCAAGCGAAAUAGUCCAGCUAGUGAUUCUGAAUCCGCCAGCAUCUCAAAACGCCCAAGAUUGGAUAUGCAGCAUCAUCUUCAAAAUCCAUUUCCAAAAUCCACCUCAUCCGAUCACCACUACAAAGUGCAAAAAAAGCGCAAAAGAGAUUAUAUCGAGGAAAUUUGCUCUCCUGUUACAGAAAGCAGUGAUGAACAUACUACAUCGUCCGAAUCUUCACAUAAUCUCUACUCAGAAAAUAGUAGUAGUGGCGUUGACUCUGAGACUGAGUCAACCAACAGUCAGCGCCAGUCUAAAUCACACAGUUCUUCGCCUUCCGCUCGAAAACGGAUAAAAAGCAACCCAGUGCACCUGACCGACAAAAGAAACCAACGAAAUGGCUCACGUGGCUCGCGUUCCGUCAGAAUCCAACCCAAAAACUUUACUACACAGAAAUACCCAAGGAUUAGGGGGGUCGAAGAGUCCGACGACGAUGAGGAAGCCUACGUAGAUACUGGCCAAAGCGAUGAAGAUGAAUAUAAGAUAACAUCAUCCGAACGAAACGACCUCUUAUACGAACUUACGCGGGAAAGGGCCAGCCGCUUAGCCGAAGCGGUCGAGAUACCUCCUGGUUCUGGACUGAGCCUGGUGCAGGUAAAACUAGUCCGCAAGCUGGCCACACGCGGCUGCAAGCCCGUUAUGUCUCGAUUCUGGGCGAGCGACUUCACCACCUGGCCCGAAUCACUGUUCACCAUAGCUGGCGAUGGAAAUAUCGAAGAUGACAGUGACCUGAUGUUCAGGUCGCAGGAAAUGUCAGACAAUUACGCCAUCAAGGCGCUACAGGAUCUGUUCGCAGUGAGCGGCCGCGUGCGAGAUUGCUCGUUCCUCUUAGUGGAGCCCCAAUUCUUUGUGGGAAAAACUAUCAGACAGUACCUGCACUGGGCGAUCGAUGAUGCGGGCUUAAAGACCACCAGACAAACAAUCCCAGUUCACUGCAUUUGCCCUCAGAUUCCUGGGGAAGAAAUUUUUGCCACGAUCAUGAGGUGCUCGCAGAAGCUGGAACGACUGGCAACGCGCCAUCAGACUGCACACGAUAGCGACGCAAAGUUCUGGCCGACUAUGCUGGGCUUUGUGAUUGCAGGGCCAAUCGUUUGUCUGUUGUCUCUUGAUACGGACCCCAAUUCUGAGGUGUGGUCAAACCACGAUAGCACAGGUGAAGAGAGCCCGGCAAAGUUUUUGACCCAGUUUGAUCUCUCUGAGCGGGAGCAGGAUGUCUGGAACUCCCUGGCACUUGCGAUUUGUGUCCUUCAUUUGCGGGACACGCUCAUUGAGCUGACCAGGGUCUAUGAUGGUAGCCAGGUUGUCCCCUACUAUCGGGGAUUUGGAGUUGAGACUGAUGACGAGGACCGCUGA